AUACUCUACUAUCCACAGAAGACAUUAACAAGCCAACAGGCGCAAUCGCUUACAUGGCCUCAUUUCCGGAUAGCGAUGAUGAGUCGCACUCAACACUUCAGCUACCACCAUCAAAUACAAAGGCGAAGCAGAAAGUUGUUGGAACUAAAUCCUGCACUGUGCGCAUUAAAAUGCUGACCGAGGAGGAGAUCGCAAAACACAGAACUUUACGCCCAGCUAAAAGGCAACAUCGCUCCCGCCAUUAUGAUUCGGAUGAAUCUCCACCUAGGAAGCGCACUAAGAUGCACCACAAAGAGCCACUGCCGGGCUUUUUUGAUAAAGGUAAAUCGACAGUUAAGUGCAUGCGACCGGCUACCUCACCUCCAGACUGGUCUAAAUCUCCUAAGCCGAUAAAUUCGCUUCCAUUACCUAAAAUUACCGAAGCUCACCGUUUUUCCAACUGUCGGGUUCACGUAAAGCGCGCAAAGCUUCCUAAAAGUUUACAAGAGAUCGAUGCCACAGGUAAUGUGGUGGAGAACAAUGAGUUGAUAGAAAACAUGGUGCUUGAGGCACCAAUCCUGGACAAGCAGGGUCAACCACCGGGCAGGGGUCUGUGCCAUGGUGAAGGUGGCAACGGUCAUAAGCUGAAUCCCUGCCCUGCUCAGCAUAAUCCAGUAAUGAGAUUGAUGAGCUUUCGUAUGAAUAAUAAUUAUUUGGGCAAUAAGGAAAAGCAUGAAAGCCAGGAACAUAUCGUGCUCAAUGAACUGGCAUCGAUUCCAGAUGUAGGACCGUUACAUUUAGAGCGACUGCAUGACCAUAAAAGUGACGAAUGUGGAAGUAAGAAAGUGCCCAUCAAAGACGCGACAAGGGUGCAGCAGCAACAGACUGAGAAUCUGAAACAUUCACUUUCAGAAGCUAUAGAAACUGCGCCCAAUACAGCAAAUGAAGUGUUAUCUUCGAACACGUCGUUGACUCCCAUCUCGCUUGCGGAUAUGUGCGAUCAGCAUACGCAAACCGAAUCGGUGGAAUCUGAUCUAAGCUGUAAAUCUGCUUCGAAGCUUACAGAUAAUAUUUCAAAUGGCAAUAAUGUGGAUAUAACACCCGAGCGUGUGCACAUAAUAGAUGAUAUGCGAACACAUCCAAUGGCAUCGACCACCCCAACAAAUAACCCACAACCGAUUAGCGCUUUGACCACAACAACAACAGAAACAUAUAGCAAUAUAACUGUGGAGCCAUAUUCGCCGGUUCGCCAAAUUUCUAGUACAUUUGGAGAUUUCAUACUGAGACAGUUGCAAAAUUUACCCGACUUUCUAACUAUUACUAUAAGUAUAAUAAUAUUUUUAUCAUCGCAUUGAAUUCUUGGGCAACCUAAAUUUGUAUUUUAGUUCAUCGCUAUUCCAUGCAAAGGCUUAUCUGACUGCACAAAACACACUGGCUUAUGUUAGUUAUGAAGUCCAAAAUUAUUAUCAGCUUUAUUAGGCAAAGAUUUAAUAAUCAAUUCAUUCGUUUCUAGUUGAGCAUUCUCUGUUGGACAUUACUUGGCACAUGAAUUAAAUAAAAUUAAAAAAAUGCA